AUGAGUACACGUGGCUGCGGAACAUCAAAACGCGCGAAAAAUCAAAAAAAGAAAAGUGGAGGAAGUAGUAAAAGAGGAAAAAAAGGAGGAAUGAGUCAAUCACCAAAAAGAACAACAAGUUCAAGAAGGAAAGAUAAUCGAAAAAGUGAAAGACAGAAAAAAAAUGGAGGAGGAACAUCGAGAAAUAUAAAGAUUCUUAUAACAUCGAAUGAUCCAGUAUCACCAGAUAGAUCAGGAAGGAAAAGUGUUCAGAAAAGUUUAUCGAAGCGGUUAUCAAUGAGGGUUGAUGUACAAAAGGAACAGAAAGAUUCACCACAAUUGGCAGGAGGAAAUGGGGUAAGUUAGAGGAAGUUAGGAUAACUCUUAUAUCUCAAUUGUUUCAGCAAAAACCAGCUGCUCAAAGAGACUCGAAAGAACCUCAAAAAGAGCCCCAAAAAGAAGAAGAUCGAGAAAGAGAGGAAAUCACUAUCAAAAUCCUUAAGAAAUUCAAGAAAAAGCGAAGAUUUGAAAUUGUUCCAAAAUCAAACUACAAAACAUUUUAUCAAUUAGAUCAGAAAACAAACAAUAAUCGAUCAAUUGUUGUUCCAAUUGGACAAAAAAGUGACAAGAAAAUGAGUGCGGAACAAUGCAAAACGGCGGUUAUUAAAGUGAAAAGUAUUCCGAAGACUGUGGAUCAAAAAGGACCCGUUGAAGUUAUGGGUGAGUUUGGGAAAAAUCAAUUGGUGAGAGUGAGAGAGACGAAAAAAAUGUUAAAAUGUUGGAAUCGCGCGUGAUCUACAGCGAGUUACAUUUGCGGGUCUAGGAUUUUUUAAAUUUAGAAAUAGCCUUUAAAAGUACAUUCUUGAAAUUUCACUUUGCCAAGCGAAUAAAAGACAUCCUCAAUAUUUUUCGAAACAAAAUAUGUGUGAAGACAUAGAGAAGGGCUUGUUAGGUGGCCUAGAAAUCCAAGAACAAUGAAAUUUCUAGUCCCCGUGGCCUAGAAACCCAAAAGGAUUCCUAGUCCCCCCUCCUUCCUCAAAAAAUCCCCAUGUUUUCAGAAGACUCCUAUGAUCACCAUCCAAAAAUCGAUGAAAUUCUAAAAUUGGAACCUGAAGACAUCUACAAAAAUAACUCAAAUCCAAAUCCAGAAUGGAUGAUUCAAAUUGAACCAAUGGAAGAAGAUUUGAAAGAUAUUGAGCCAGUUUGUACGGUUGGAAGUGAACAAAUUGAAAUGUAUCAAAAUAAACAAUUUGUAUUACAUUCACCGCCGACAAAUAAGAUGUGAGUUUUUUUUUGAGUUAUGCCGUGGCAUCAUUUCAAUUUCAGCCUCGAAUUAGAUCCCUUCGAAAAACUGUGUAUUUUGAAAGCUCGUGAUGAAGAAUAUUCGACUCCUCCACUGGUUUUUAGUAAUACAAUUCGAAGUUUGAUAAAUAUGGCUGGCUUGAAGAAUAGUAUCAAAAAACCAGUGAAAACAUCAAGAAAUCCAGGGGAAAAUGCGAUUGUUAUAGUUGAAAUAGAUCGAGAUCGAGAUUGUUUUUUAUAUUCGAGAUCUGAUCCAAUUUCAUCAGUUUCUCAAAAAGUUCGAAUGAAACGAGAAGAUGUUCCGAUGAGACAAGAUUUAUCCAUUUAUAUCAAUCAAUUACAGCAGAUUUGA